AUCAAACAGAGCGUUCCUCUGCUUGGGCGCUCUAUCGAAGCGGUUGAGUUCUCAUUCACCUUCAGAAAGGAACAGUCCUAGGUACGAACGCUUUGUGUCUCAAAGUUCAAUCUUCCCGAGCAAUGAGCUCCACAUUGGAGGCGGACGCAGAGAGUGUUCUGAGACUCGUGACGCCAUCUCUCGACCUCAAACGACACAAAGGCCAAGCUGGGAAGAUAGCUGUGAUCGGAGGCUGUCGUGAAUACACUGGAGCUCCUUACUUCGCCGCCAUUUCUGCUUUAAAGAUAGGUGCUGAUUUGUCGCAUGUCUUCUGCACGAAAGACGCAGCUCCCGUUAUAAAGAGUUACAGUCCUGAGCUUAUAGUUCACCCUGUUCUUGAAGAAUCUUACACCAUCAGUGAUUUCAGUGAGGAAGAGAAGAGACAAGUCCAGGAGAAAGUGGUUGGAGAAGUGGAUAAAUGGAUCGAAAGGUUUGAUUGUCUUGUGAUUGGUCCUGGUUUGGGAAGGGAUCCGUUUCUCCUGGAAUGUGUGAGUAAAAUCAUGCUUCUUGCUAAAAAGUUCAAUGUUCCUUUUGUUGUAGAUGGGGACGGGCUGUUUCUUGUAACAAAUUCAAUUGAUCUUGUCAACAGCUAUCCGCUUGCUGUUUUGACUCCGAAUGUGAACGAGUAUAAGCGUCUGGUUCAGAAAGUGCUGAACUGUGAAGUUGAUGAAGAGAAUACUGGAGAUCAACUACGCUCUUUGGCCAAGCAGAUUGGUGGCGUAACGAUUCUGAGGAAAGGCAAGUCUGAUCUUAUAAGCAAUGGGGAGAUAGUAAAAUCAGUGAGCAUAUAUGGUUCUCCAAGGCGAUGUGGUGGACAAGGUGAUAUCCUCUCUGGGAGUGUUGCAGUGUUUUUGUCAUGGGCGCAACAGCUUAUAUCAGGUCAUGAAAGUCUCUCGGAGAAUCCAGCUAUAUUGGGAUGCGUAGCUGCAUCUGGACUGCUGAGAAAGGCUGCAUCUCUGGCUUUUACAAAACAUAAGAGAUCAACUCUCACAAGCGACAUUAUUGGAUGUUUAGGGGAGAGUUUGGAGGAUAUCUGCCCUGCAUCUUAAUCUGCAGAACACUAGAGUUGGUCUUGCCUUCCACUACACCUUAAUGUCUGUGAGAAACUUCAAAAGAUGUUCCUGUUCUCUUUUGUCUCAGUAUUGUUCUUCUCAGUGACUGUUGUGAUUAUGAAAUAAAGAUUACUACUCAAUAAUAAGGAUCCAUUCUAUGCCAAUCUCAGUAUAACUUCAUA